AAAUGUUCAAAAGUCAAAUUCAAAAUUUAAGAGUACCAAUGCCUUAAAUCAAGGAAUUUUCAUUAAAAGUCCCCUUCGUCUCGUCAUUUUUUUGAAAUUGACAUGUACGCCUGGAUGAAAGCAACCAUUUGUUUCUUAUUUUCAGGGUGCCUUGCCUUGCUGAUAACUAUGAGGUUCAAAAAUAUUACUGUUAGGUUAAGUUAAGAAGAAGACGAAGAAGAAGAAAAAGAAGACUGGACUGAAGUACAUCAUGCGCCGUGGUCCCCUUGGAUUCUUAUUGCAUCCACAGCUACGAACGAAAUUACACUCACAAACAAAAACCCUGGAUCAAAAGUAAAAGAAAAAUAAGAAAAGGUGGUUAAAGUUAAUAUUUUGAAGGCCACGUGAUUCAUGGCUCUUCCCAUGUCCCGAGUACAUGUAGUGGGUGAAACGUGGGUUGAAUUAUGCUGUUGGGCAGUGAAGUCUGGAAAGAUAACACCAAACGUUCAGAUGCUGCUCAUAAUUUACGGCACUGGAACUGCCUUAAUUGCUUGGCCUUCAAAAGUAGGAGCUAAGCUUUUGACCCCCAUCAGCCAUUCACAUGCAUACAUGUAUAAAUCUGUCCACAUCGCCAUGUGGAGUGGAGCUUUUAACACUCCAAUCUAGACUCUCUGCUUGAACUCAAAAAGAGAGAGACAGAUGGGGCGAAAACCAUGCUGUGAUAAAGAAGGGCUGAACAAGGGAGCAUGGUCUGCUUGGGAAGAUAAAGCCCUUGCUAACUACAUUAACACUCACGGAGAAGGAAAAUGGAGAGACCUUCCUCAAAGAGCGGGGUUAAACCGCUGUGGGAAGAGUUGCAGAUUGCGUUGGCUGAAUUAUCUUAGGCCUGAUAUUAAGAGAGGCAACAUUUCCCCCGAAGAAGAGGAGCUCAUUGUUAGACUUCAUAAGCUUCUUGGAAACAGGUGGUCACUCAUUGCUGGAAGGUUGCCGGGACGAACAGACAAUGAAAUCAAGAACUACUGGAACACCAAUUUGAGCAAGAGGUCAGAGCAAGGAAGUGACAAGGCUUAUCAGGAUCAACUGAGUGCUAGUACUAGUUCGAAAGACGACACGAAAAAAUUGAAUAAUCCGGCAUCAAAGUCUUCUGUCCAAGUGGUCCGUACGAAAGCAUUUAAGUGCAGGAAGGUUGCCAUCCCCUCACAUUUGGAUGGCCAUGAUCAAAUGCUUGAAAGAUCGAACGUGGCUCCUGGUUCCGACAGCGAAAGCCCGUGUUCUUCAGCGGCUCAGGAGCAUGAUUCUUCGUUUGGUUUUCUGAGGGAUUUUGAUAUCAAUGACAUGCUCAUACCGGAUGUGCUGAGUUCUGAUUUCCAAAAAGCACAAAUCAACGACUGUGAUCAGGACAUGUUGGAGUGUGGAAUUACCAAGAUUGAAGAUUUAUUGAUGGGUGAAGCAAGGUUGGGAGAAUGGAGAGCUGGUGAUGAUGAUCAAGAUGACCCACUUCAACCAAAUGAUGAUGAUCAUGGAGAUGUGAACGGCUUCAAUGCACUUUCAUCUUUUCUGAAUUCAGUAGAUGAUGAUCAGUGGAUCAUUAGUUAAAAUCAAGCUAGCCCCUCUAGCUUUGCACUUUGCAAAACUUUCCAACUCUGUUGUACUGAAUAAAAACAUUCCAUUACUAAGAUGAACUUUGUUAGUUUGCAGUUGAACAUUUUUGUCAAUAAUUUGGAGACAUGUGUGUUUUGCUAUGACAAAAUUCAGUA